GCCAUCUGUUUGCGGCCGACUUGCAAUUUCCUUUUUCCUCCGGAAGUCCAGUCCCGGACAUUUUCUCCGAUCAUCCCGUACUGCCGCCGCCGCCGACGACGACGACACCUCCACCACCUCCUCUUGUCGCCGUCCCAUCCACUGCCCCUUUCCCGCCCUGCCGUUUUUUGGUGCUGCGAGAUGGCGCUCUCCGCCAGCGAUGUGCCCACUAUGUAUACCGUCCUCGUCAAUUCGCUCAGCGCCGACGAGGCGGCCCGGCGCCCCGCGGAGGCAGCUCUGUCGCAGUGCGAGACCCGCCCGGGCUUCUGCUCCUGCCUCUUGGAGAUCAUCUCGGCGAGGGGAUUGGCUUGUCGGGAGGAUGUUCGCCUGCUCGCCACGGUAUAUUUUAAGAACAGUAUCAACCGCUACUGGAGGCAUCGCCGCGAUUCGUAUGGAAUUAGCAAUGAGGAGAAGGACCACCUUCGGAAAAAUCUUUUGCUAAACAUGCAUGAGGAAAAUAGCCAGAUUGCACUGCAGCUAGCUGUAUUAAUCUCCAAGAUUGCACGCUUGGAUUACCCAAAGGAGUGGCCAGACCUUCUCUCUGUAUUGGCACAACAGCUGCAGUCCGCUGAUGUUCUUGCUUCACAUCGCAUGUUUAUGGUCCUGUUUCGAACUCUAAAGGAGCUGUCAACUAAACGGCUUGCUGUGGAUCAGAAGAAUUAUGCAGAGAUCACUGGCCACUUGUUUGAGUAUACCUGGAACCUUUGGAAGAGUGAUGUGCAGACUAUAUUACAGAAUCUUUCUAUGCUCUCACAGAGGAAUGAUAUAGAUUCCAUUUUGGAGCAAUCCAAUGACCUUGCUUUGAUUUGCGACCGGUGGUUGCUCUGCUUAAAGAUUGUCCGGCAACUAAUUUUUUCAGGUUAUGCUAGUGACUCAAGAACUGCUCAGGAGGUCUGGCAGGUUAGGGAAGUUUGUCCAACAGUUUUGACUGCCAUUAGAUCCCUUCUUCCAUAUUACGACUCCUUCAAAGACAAGCAAGCUAAACUAUGGGACUUUGCAAAAAGAGCAUGCACUAAGUUGAUGAAAGUCCUCGUUACUCUACAAGGCAGACAUCCAUAUUCUUUUGUUCACCAAACUGUGCUUCCUGCUACAGUGGACUUCUGUUUAAAUAUGAUUACAAAUCCUGAACAGACUGGCACAACUUUUGAAGAAUUUCUUAUACAAAGCAUGGUUUUGGUUAAAUCAGUACUGGAGUGCAAAGAAUACAGACCAAGUCCCACAGGACGUGUUAUCAAUGAAAAUGCACAGCCUUUAAGUCUGGAGCAAAGGAAGAGAAACUUUGCAGCAGUGGCUAGUGACAUGCUGAAGGCCGUUUUGUCUGGUGAUCGAGUCGUGCUCCUAUGCAACAUUUUAGUAAGGAGAUACUUCAUUUACACAGCAAAGGAUUUGGAAGAGUGGUCAGAGAAUCCUGAGUCCUUCCACCAUGAGCAGAAUUUGGUUCAGUGGACCGAGAAAAAACGGCCAUGUGCUGAAGCCCUCUUCAUUGUUAUCUUCGAGAAGUACCGAGAGCUUCUAGCUCCAGUUGUUGUUUCUGUUCUUCGUGAAGCUAUGGUUGUUUCGCCACCACAAGAAACGGGUGUUACUGCUGGAAUGCUUUUAAAGGAUGCUGCCUAUACAGCCGCCGGGCAUGUUUAUUAUGAACUUUCGAACUACCUCAGUUUUAAUGAAUGGUUCCAUGGAUCUCUAUCUAUUGAAAUUUCAAAUCAUCACCCCAAUAUGCGUAUCAUUCGUAGAAAAAUUGCAUUGCUGCUUGGGCAAUGGAUUUCUGAGAUCAAGGGUGACACUCGGAAAUUGGUCUACCGUGCUUUGGUUGGAUUGCUGCAGGAUAAUGACAUAGCCGUAAGGCUAGCAGCAUGCUCUUCUCUGUGCUAUCUUUUCCAAGAAUCUUGCUUUUCUGAAGUAGAUUUGUUUGAGUGUCUUCCUACAUGUUGGACAAUGAGUUUCAAGUUGAUAGAAGACGUCCAAGAAUUUGAUUCAAAGGUGCAAGUGUUGAACUUCAUUUCAGUUCUUCUUGAACAUGCGGGAGACAAGGUUAUUCCAUUUGCAAGUCAGCUAUCACAAUUUUUUCAGAUGAUAUGGAACGAAUCUGCGGGUGAAAGCUUGCUACAGAUACAAUUACUAACAGCACUUAGAACUUUUGUUUCUUCGCUUGGAUUCCAGUCACCUCUUUCUUACCACAUGCUUAUUCCUAUAUUGCAAAGUGGUAUCAAUAUCAACAGCCCUGAUGCUCUUAAUCUUCUUGAGGACAGUGUUCUGUUGUGGGAAGCAACCCUUUCAAAUGCCCCUUCCAUUGUACCUCAACUUCUGGAUCUAUUCCCUUACCUCGUGGGCAUCAUGAAUAGAAGUUUUGACUAUCUGGAGGUCUCAAUGAAAAUAAUUGACGAUUACAUAAUUUUUGGUGGAUCAGAAUUUUUGAAAAGCCAUGGUGCAAACCUAGCUAACAUCAUUGAUACUAUUGUUGGAAAUGUCAAUGACAAAGGACUUCUCACUGCACUUCCUAUUGUUGAUCUUCUUAUUCAGAUCUUUCCUCUGGAAGCUCCACCAUUGAUAUCCAGUGCUCUUCAGAAACUUACCUUCAUAUCGUUGAGUCAAGAUGAUGGGCAAAACCCGUCUAGGACAACUGUCCGGGCAUCCUCUGGGGCAAUUCUUGCUAGGCUUCUGGUGAUGAAUACAAACUUUUUGGCACAACUAUUAUCAGAGCCUGCCCUUUUGGCAAGCAUCCAACAAGCUGGGAUUUCUGUGAACAAUAAUCUGCUUCUUUCUUUAGUUGAUAUGUGGAUAGACAAGGUAGAUGAUGCAAAUGCUAUACAGCAGAAGGAAUAUGCAAUGGCGCUUUCUAUAAUUUUGACAUUACAGGUACCUCAGGUCAUUGACAAACUUGAUGACAUACUGAGUGUCUGCACUACUGUCAUUAUAGGAAGCCGUGAAGUAAAGAUCGAGGAUGAUACUAGUGGCGAUAUCACAAGCUCUUCAUGGAUAGGCAACGAUGGUUCAGGUUAUUCCAAUACUUCAAGCAAAGAGCUGAGAAAGCGCCAGGUAAAGGAUUCAGAUCCUAUCAAACAAGCAUCGCUAGAGAAUGUGUUAAGAGAGAACUUAAAAGCAUGUGCAGUUUUCCAUGGGGAUGUAGCAUUCAAUGCUGCCAUCAGCAGGAUCCAUCCAUCUGCGUUUGCUCAGCUGCAGCAGGCCCUGAAUACUGCAUAAGAUGUGCAUAGCUGCUACUUGAUUGUUUGGUGAUGAACUGAUAAUGAACCAUUAGGUGGAGCAGGCAUUGCUUCGUGAGGCACCAUGAUCGUAUAGUGUGGUGGGUGAUAGAAACACAGUGCUGCCAUUUGAAGCAGAGUGGCGAUGUAGCAUACUGUUGAACAUGGCAUGAGUUAUUGAUGACACAGCAGUGCAGAGUGCCUAAGCUACCUAGCGUAUGAGCAUGUAGGGGUAGUAUGGAUUGGUUGGUAUUUGUUCCUGAAUUGUCUCAGGGCAAUGAUUUUUGGAUGUCUGAGACCAUGAGGUUUGGUUGGUGCCGAGAUAUGAUUGGGGCUGGGUGAUUGUUGUUCGGUGUGUUGUAGGAGAAUUGGAAUUGGUCGGUCGUGUGGAUGGCCAGAGUUUUUAUAGCUGUCCUUCCAAUAUGACUGACUCGAGGUCCUGGGUUCAGUUUGUUCAUUCAUACGGUUUUUUUUUCCUCCUGGUAAAAUCUGAAAUCAUGGCCAGGCAACCAUCCUACUUACAGGUGACCCCGAGGUGGUUGUUUCAGAAGGACCUUGUCGUGUGAGAAAUACAAUCCAGUGGUUGUCCUGAAUGCAAUUUUGUUUUACGUUUAUGUUCUGCAGGCUCCAUGCUUUCAUGCUCUUGUGUCGUGCCUACGAAUAAAUAAAAUGAUCGAGAUGUUUGCAGUGGAUUUCCUGGUCUGUGGCCUAUUUUGGUUUGGUCAUUCUUACAUUUAGGGAGUGGUUGGUUUAGUUUGGUUUGGUUUGAUCGGGAGUCUGGAGAAGACGUGUACUGUACUGGUUUUGAACAACUGCCUGCUCCAUUAUCAGGCUUGCUGAUUGAUACUCGAGUUGUAGCCUGUGGGCUUGUAAAGGCAUCGAAUUGUAGCCUUGUGAAUCAGAAAUGUCGACUGCAACUCUGUUAUUUGUGUA